AUGGCGACCCUAAAUGAUCUCCCUCCAGAAAUCAUAUAUCAGAUGUUCCCAUCAUCCUCUUUACGGGAACAGUUCUCUGUCACCAACACGGAUGCAGAUCUGGCCAAAAGGAUUCAACCAGCUUGGUCCUCAGCCUUGAACCUCUCACGUACCUGCAGAAAGUAUCGGCACAUGCUGGUUCCCGAGCUCUACCGAAAUAUCAGCAUCCAUGGAUCCAACAGCUUCCAAAAGCUCAAGUGCUUCAUUCAGUUUCUGAUUGACAACAAAGAUGUUGCCGUCAACAUCCGAAGACUGUAUCUACACUUAGAUCCUAGCAACAUGGAGACCAAGGACUUUACAGAGGCAGAUCUCGAAUGGAGUCACUGGGCUGCUAGACAGUCGGGCGCCCCGUCACCGUACUACCUCUGGCACUCGGAAGAUGGACAGCUUCUCCAAAUGUCGGAAUCUCGAUGCUCCAGAACUCGGAUCUUACACCUUGGCAUUCUUCUCGAGAUCAUUCUUUCGCGUGUACACGGAGUACAAGAGCUAGGUCUCGCAGUGCCGGGAGGCCUGUUUUGCGAUCAGUACGGCCCAUGGUCCAGAACCGAGCUCGAUGGCCUACUAUGGACUGGGGAGCCAGGCCCUUCAGAUCCCCUCAAGAUUCAGACCUUUCGGGGUGUUCAGCGACCACUUCCGAAUAUCAAGAUGCUCGCUGUACGUCCGAGUUGCCUUCCAAAGAGUCAUCCAGACGCAACUAUUACGCCUCUUGAUCUUAACCAUUUACUUCAUUUCGCUCCGAACGCCAGAUCGAUUUUCAUUGCAAGUCGGGAUGGACAACCAGCCUCACCUCUCGAUACCCACUCACAAUGGUCCAAUGUUACUUGUCUCACCAUCACCGAGACAUUUUUGGAUGAACAGAAGAUCCGGGGGAUGAUCCAAGGCUGCGCCCCCCUUGUCUCUUUCAAGUAUCUGAACUCCCGGGCAGAUGCAUACGUUCCACACUGGCCUGUGUCACCCGAAGAGGUUGUUACCAUACUCCGGGAGCACCAGAACACGACGACUACCCUCCUCACUCUCUGCCUUGAUCUCAAUGACUGGUAUCGUGGAGAGUACGAGGCUAUCAGAAGUCUUUCGGACUUCAGCAAUCUGGAGAAUCUCUGGGUCGAUGCCUCGAGUGUAUUGAAGAAAGUCAAAUAUGGCUCCUCCAGUCGUUCAGAAAAGCACAAGCGACUGACACACAAGCUCAGCACUUCUUUGCCCGCCUCAAUCAAGCGUCUUCACUUGGCAGGUAACGAGCAUCAAGUUCGUCAUAACAUGUGCGAGGUGUUGACAGAUCGCGAGAAAUUCCCCAAUUUGAAUUUGGUUGAGUUGGAGGACUUCGUUCGGAGAUUCCCAGAACUUUGGGAUCCAAAUGAGGACGACAGCGACGAAGAUGACACGAACCAGAACGAUCUCGGCGAUGAUGGUGACGACUUGGCUUUCUCAAUUAUGAAUGCUGGUGACGGCUAUGGCGGCGGAAGCUACCUGCAAGAUGGUGAUGCUAAGGAGGAAGACAUCGGCGAGACCAACAAAGACACCACUUUGUCAUACCAGGAACGAUUCAUUAGGGCGGAUAUCGAAUCUCCGAGCACCGUGUGCACGCUUGGAGAGUUGUGGUAA